GCUGUCGAAAUUGAAUUCUUUUUGUUUUAGGGUUCUGGAAAGUUUUCAUCUUUGAAAGUCUUUUAAUAGUAUAUUUGAGGGAGAUAAUGCAAUUGACAACAAUGCCCACACGAAACAGAGCAAAAUGUCGCCAUACCCAGAAACCUCUGUUCUGCUACUUCCCAUGGUCGACAAAUGUAUUACUCUCUUGCAGACUUGCGGCGUUUCAUCGCUAACCAAACUCAAGAAAGUCCACGCCUUUUCGAUCCGCCAUGGCGUUUCAAUCUCAGACGCCGAGUUUGGCAAACACCUCAUCUUCUACCUCGUCUCUCUUCCUUCUCCACCUCCCAUGUCCUACGCUCACAAGGUCUUCUCUAAGAUCGAGAAACCCAUCAAUGUCUUUAUUUGGAACACGCUGAUCAGAGGCUACGCCGAGAUUGGUGAUUCCGUCUCCGCUGUUUCUCUCUACCGCGAGAUGCGAGUCUCUGGUUUCGUCGAGCCAGAUACUCAUACUUACCCGUUUCUUCUUAAAGCCGUGGCAAAAAUGGCGGAUGCUCGGCUGGGAGAGACGAUUCAUUCCGUCGUUAUAAGAAGUGGGUUUGGCUCGUUGAUAUUUGCUCAGAACUCUCUGCUCCAUUUAUACGCCAAUUGUGGAGACGUAUCUAGUGCGUACAAGGUGUUUGAUAAAAUGCCCGUCAAAGACCUUGUGGCUUGGAACUCUGUGAUUAAUGGUUUUGCAGAAAACGGUAAACCAAACGAAGCAUUAAAGCUUUAUACUGAGAUGGAUUCGAAAGGUAUCAAACCAGAUGGGUUUACAGUCGUUAGCUUGUUGUCUGCUUGUGCCAAGAUUGGUGCUUUGACACUGGGUAGGAGAGUCCAUGUAUAUAUGAUCAAAGCGGGUUUGACACGAAAAUUACAUUCCAGCAAUGUACUCUUGGACUUUUACUCGAGAUGUGGAAGAGUCGAAGAAGCCAAAACAUGUUUCGAUGAAAUGGUGGACAAGAACAGUGUCUCGUGGACUUCAUUGAUUGUCGGUUUAGCUGUUAAUGGUUUUGGAAAAGAAGCGAUUGAGCUUUUCAGGGAUAUGGAAUCAAAGGAAGGAUUAUCACCGUGUGAGAUCACUUUCGUAGGGAUCUUAUAUGCUUGUAGCCAUUGUGGGAUGGUAGAGCAAGGUUUUGAGUAUUUCAGGAGAAUGAGAGAGGAGUAUAAGAUUGAGCCUAGGAUCGAACAUUUUGGUUGUAUGGUCGAUUUGUUAGCUAGAGCUGGACAAGUGAAGAAAGCGUAUGAAUACAUUAUGAAAAUGCCGAUGCAGCCAAAUGUUGUGAUCUGGAGAACAUUGUUAGGAGCUUGUACUGUUCAUGGCGAUUCGGAGUUAGCUGAGUUUGCUAGAAUCCAGAUCUUACAACUAGAACCAAACCACAGUGGUGAUUAUGUUCUGCUGUCGAAUAUGUAUGCAUCUGAGCAGCGUUGGUCCGAUGUGCAAAAGAUAAGAAGACAAAUGCUAAGAGACGGUGUGAGAAAAGUUCCCGGUCAAAGCUUAGUAGAAGUAGGAAACAGAGUUCAUGAGUUUCUUAUGGGUGAUAUGUCUCAUCCACAAAGCGAUGAGAUUUAUGGUAAGCUGAAAGAAAUGACUGAUAGAUUGAGAUUGGAAGGUUAUGUGCCACAAAUUUCGAACGUUUAUGUUGAUGUUGAGGAGGAAGAGAAAGAGAAUGUUCUGGUUUAUCACAGUGAAAAGAUUGCUAUUGCUUUUAUGCUUAUUAGUACACCAGAAAAAUCACCGAUUCGGGUCGUGAAGAAUCUUAGAGUUUGUGCUGAUUGUCAUUGGGCGAUUAAGCUUGUGUCUAAGGUUUACAAUAGAGAGAUUGUUGUAAGAGAUCGUAGCAGGUUUCACCAUUUUAAAGAUGGUUCUUGUUCUUGUCAAGAUUACUGGUAA